AAAAUUCCAUUAGAAGCGCCUUGAAAGAACAAACCAAUCCAGAUUUCUGAGGAGCGGAGAGGAGAGGAGUGGAGAGGGAGGCCCACGACGGAGUAGACGGGGAUCCGGCGGUUCCGCGAGGAAAGAUUCCCUUUCCGUUGCGGUUGUCGAGAACGGUUUCGUUUUAUGUCUUUUUCACUAAGCUUUCGACAACGAACUGCGAUUUCUACUGCCCUUCUCCCGUCUCCACUCCGUUAAAUCACGAAUUGAUGGGGGCAUUGUUAUAAUUGAAGGGUUUGGAAUAUAUUUCGUCUGCAGGCUAAGCCUCAUUAUUCCUGUGGAUGUAUCUUGUCGUCAUUCAAGAAGAAGAUCGGCUUGUGAAUUUGCCCAAAUCCUUUCUGGGUAUUCUCAGGCCGCCUUGUCUGUCUGUUAAGAGAAAGAUCUUCUCACAUUGUGUUCAGAGAGAUAGAUGGGAUAAAGAAUUCUUCAAGCUGCAGAGCGGAUAAUAUUGAUUUCGUGUGAGAUUGGUUUCAAAGUUGUUUUGGUUUGAGCAGUUGGUAAGGUUUUUCGAUUAUCCAAGAUGAAUUCGUCUCAAGGGUCUACUUUGUCAGCAAAUGUUGCUGGAUUUGUAGAUGGUUCGUCUGCGAAAAGAGAAGUCUCGUUCAUUGACAGUCUACCUGUUUAUGUUAAAGAGCUUAUAGCUGGUGGUGCUGCUGGUGGCUUUGCUAAGACUGCUGUUGCACCAUUGGAACGAAUUAAGAUACUCUUGCAGACGAGAACCGAAGGAUUCCAAUCUCUUGGAGUCUUUCAAUCUUUGAGGAAGGUGCUGAAGCAUGAAGGUGUGCGUGGAUUUUAUAAGGGAAAUGGCGCUAGCGUUGUUCGGAUUAUUCCUUAUGCAGCUCUUCAUUUCAUGGCGUAUGAGCAAUAUCGGUGUUGGAUAUUGAAUAACUAUCCCAGCUUAGGAACUGGGGCUCAUAUCGAUCUUCUAGCUGGUUCGGUAGCUGGGGGAACAGCUGUUUUGUGCACGUAUCCCUUAGACUUGGCACGGACAAAACUUGCCUACCAGAUUAGUGACACAAGAAUGGUGAAGAGCGGUGGUUUUAGAAGUUAUCAUGCUCAACCUAUGUACAAUGGCAUCAGGGAUGUUCUAAUGCGUGUUUAUAGCGGUGGUGGAGUACGUGCACUAUAUCGUGGUGUUGGUCCAACACUGACUGGAAUCCUUCCAUAUGCUGGCUUAAAGUUUUACGUUUAUGAAGAACUUAAAAGUCACGUUCCUGAGGAGCAUCAGAAAUCUAUUGUAAUGCGGCUUUCCUGUGGAGCUCUGGCUGGUUUGUUGGGGCAGACGGUCACUUAUCCAUUGGAUGUUGUUAGAAGACAAAUGCAGGUUGGAGAUAUGCCAUCUUCGCUAAAUGGUGAAGUCAGAUAUGGGAACUCAAGAGAAAGGCUUAGGAUAAUCGUUCGUAACCAAGGAUGGAGGCAGUUGUUUGCAGGACUCAGCAUUAAUUAUAUUAAGAUUGUUCCUUCUGUGGCCAUUGGGUUUGCUGCAUAUGAUAGCUUGAAGCUAUGGCUCCGAAUCCCACCCCGCCAGAAGACACAGUCGAUAUCGUCUGCUGCAUAAACCUACGACGCUCUCUCUAAAAUGCCUUGUACUAACUGGGUCUCGUUGAUUAUGAACUGCUACUCAACCUUACAUCUUUAUGAAGUAUCUGUUUGUGAUCUAACACUGUUUUGAAUCUAUAACAACACAUGCUUCCUAAUUCUCUC